AUGUCUAAAGCGUGGAAGAGCGAGUCCGUGGCCUUGCGAGAGAUUUCCAGGUUCAACGAAGGUGUACAAUGUAGGACAAGGGGCGCCAUUUGGGCGAACGCUGAGAAAGGCGAGUUUUGGAUUUGGGGUGGCUACCUGCCAAAAAUUGCUGAUGGCAUGAAUGACACGUUUAUCUGGAAAUUUACCGCCGACGGUUGGGGCGGUGGCUCUUGGGCUAAAGAAACCCCUUUAAACUUCGAGAAGCUUCCCAGUUUGCAGCAAACGAAAGAUAGUGCGGUUAUGGUAGCUCACGACAAGGGCUAUGUUCUGGGGGGUGUAGGAAGCUGGCUACCGUCGGACGAAGAUGCGGGCCCCGGAAUGGUAACCUACGAUUUUAGAUCCAAGGUGGUGGACAACGGGACAGGCCCUGCCAUUGGCAUCUUGGGUAAACCAGCCACAUUGACAGGAGCAAACCUCCUGUUUAUGCCAGGAUAUAACAUGCCAAACGGGCUUGGUUUGGUCCUUGGGGGGCAUGCUCUUGCUACUUUCAAUGGAACAGCAAAGGUUGAGGAGUCGCAUCCACUGGACUUGCACAAUCUGACAUUCUUUGAUCCGGUAACCAACGAACAGUACUGGCAGCUGACAACAGGAGACAUACCUCCCUCUCCCCGCUCACGCGCUUGUGUCGCUGGACCCUUCCGCACACCUGGAGGAAAUUACGAUUUAUUUCUUUUCGGUGGAGAAAGCAAACUGACAGACAUUCGGUAUGAUGAUGCCUACGUUUUGAGCCUUCCUGGCUUCGUUUGGACCAAAGUGCCAUCCCCAGCGCCGGGGGGGUCGCGUGCUUACCACUCUUGCUUGGCUGUUGGAAGAAACCAAGUGCUGAGUGUCGGUGGGACGCGUGGUGGAGGCUUUGAUAAUGACUGGAGGUCUCCCGACCCUGUGCCCCAAGGCUUGCUUUUGUUCAACAUGACCUCUCUGAGAUGGCAACUUGAGUACUUCGUCGAAGGCGACCUUGUUUCGGGAUAUGAGCGAGCAAGCACUAUCAGGAAUUGGUACCAAAACGGCUCACUGGAUCGUGUCCAAUGGUCUUCAGAGAAGGUGCAAAGAAUGUUUGGGGGCUCAGGGGUGGUGAAAAGCACUGUGCCAGAUGUAUCAGAUUCGGAUACAUCGCCUUCCAACACUACCAUCAAUGUCGCAACAGCCACUGUAACAUCUGAACCUAAUCCGUCAACGAUACCAUUAGCAACAGUAGUGGGUGGCAUAUGCGGAGCCUUUGCUCUAGCUUUUGUUGUUUCUGUCUUGGGCUGGUUCAUUUACCGUUCGAGACAGAAACGAGCACCGGUGAAAGAGACAGAUAAAUGGCCAAGGAGUCAGGAUAAGUGCAUUGAGACAGGGCCGGAUGGAUAUUAUGUCUACGGGAUUCCAGGCGAGUUACAGGGUACCACUGUACGGGACAGUUCAACGAACUGGCCAGCGCAAGAGCUUGACUCGGGCCAUCAGUACCCCGAGCUGUCUGAUGGCCGGUCAUAG